GCGUCUGUUUCCCGCGAAGAGCGAGAGCUUUUGCUGCGUGUUUAUGGCGUAGGGAGCAGUUGUUAGUUUUACUUGCUAGCCACAGCUACUUGUCACAUUAAAGGUCUGUCAUGGCGAAGCAAAGCUCGCUUUUCAAUUUCUUCACCAAGUCACCACCUCCGGUAUCCAAGCCGAAACCCAGUGCUCACCCUGCCGAGGCUGACGUGCCGUCGUCCGUCGACAAGUCCAACUCGUCUCCGAAAGAAGAAGCUAAACUACCGUCGAACGCGGCCACUAAAGUCAAAUCAAAAAGUGUCGCCAAAAAUGCUAAAGGAGGAUUCAACAAACUGUUCGGUGGCAAGGCAGCAACAGCCAAGGAUACUAACCCCACAUGCUCAUUCAGCGCUGGUGCUCUUGUGUGGGCAAAGCUGGAGGGGCACCCAUGGUGGCCAUGCAUGGUGGUACCCCAGCCUCUGACUGGACAGCAGAUGCGAGGCCGUGGUCAGGCUCAGCGCAUGCACGUCCAUUUCUUUGACGAACCGCCUACUCGGGGAUGGGUCAGCACCAAAUACAUCAGAGAGUACCAAGGUUCCGACAGUAGCGAUGCGAAAACCGGAGGGUUGUUUUUCAGUGGAAAGCCUGAAAUCCGCCGUGCAAUGGAUCUGGCAGAUAAAGUUAUGUUUGACAGCACAGAAAAAAAAUUAAAUAUGCCCCUCUGCACAGAUGCCUCAGAUGAAGAGGAGGAGGAAGAAGAAAUGGAGCUUGACAAGUCGACUGUAAGUGACGAUGACAUCGGCCAUGAGGAUGAACAGAACAAUGAGGAGUCCACGUCAACAAAGGUCAGUCAACGUCUGACCCGUUCCACAGGACAUAAGGCCAAGCGACGGCGCAUUGUCGUGGCCUCGGACAGCGAGGCAUCCGAUGAGGAAUUCAAACCCGAGCAAGCCGCAAGCAGCAGUGAGGACGAAGAGGAAGAAGGCACAGUUAGCAGUGAGGAUGAAGAAAAUGACAGCGAACAGGCAUCCGAGCCGGACAGUCCUGUGAAGCCUGUAAAGCGCAAACGCCCUGCAGCAAAGCCUGCCAUAGCAAAGCCAAAGAUAACCAGUACCCCCUCUAGUGCGCCAAAACGAGCUCCAGCACCUAUUACAGCGGACACAAAGUCUCGUUUGUCCGCCUUUUCUGCCCCUGACAACUUUGAAAGCCAGGCCAGUGGGUUGGGCACAAGUGGAGGAGCCACAGUUUGGGACCAUGAGAAGCUGGAGUGGCUACAGGAUCACAGGAGAAAAGAUGGUCAAAGACGACGAGUGUCUGAGGAAGAUUACGAUCGUACCACUCUGUAUGUGCCAGAAGACUUCCUCAACAGAAACUCUCCUGGUAUGCGUCAGUGGUGGCUUAUCAAAUCUGAGAUGUUUGACACUGUCAUUUUCUAUAAGGUGGGCAAGUUCUAUGAGCUCUACCACAUGGAUGCUGUGAUUGGAGUUAAUGAGCUAGGACUGACCUUCAUGAAAGGCACCUGGGCGCACUCAGGUUUUCCAGAGAUUGGUUUUGCUCGCUUCUCAGAUGUCUUGGUCCAAAAGGGCUACAAGGUGGCUCGGGUGGAGCAGACUGAAACCCCAGAGAUGAUGGAAGCGCGUUGUAAGACCCUGGUUAAGCCCACCAAGUUUGACCGUGUGGUGAAAAGAGAGGUGUGCAGGAUCAUAACACGAGGCACCCAGACCUACAGUGUGUUGGAUGGUACUCCUGCUGAGAGUCAGAGCAAGUUCCUACUAAGUUUAAAAGAGAAGACUGAAGAUGAAGGAAAAGGUGGGUGUUGCCGCAUCUAUGGCGUCUGUUUUGUGGACACCUCUGUAGGCUCCUUCCGUGUCGGCCAGUUCCCAGAUGACCGCCACUGUUCACGCCUGCGCACACUCAUAGCCCACUUUGCACCUGCUGAAGUGCUUUUUGAAAAGGGGAACCCAUCUGCUGAGACCCGCAAAAUACUUAAGGCUUCUCUGUCCUCCGCACUGCAGGAAGGCUUGAGUGCAGGCACUCAGUUUUGGGAUGCUCAGAAGACUCUGAAAACCCUAUCAGAAGAAGCGUACUUCAGGGAGAGUGCAGGCAACGACCAGGAGACAGGGAGAAGUUUUCUACCAGUUCUUUUAAAAAAGAUGACUUCUGAGAGCGAUUCACUGGGUCUUACCCCAAAGGAGGGCUACGAGCUGGCACUGUCGUCAUUGGGUGGAUGCAUCUUCUACCUGAGGAAGUGUCUCGUAGAUCAGGAGCUACUCUCCAUGGCCAACUUUGAAGAAUAUAUCCCUGUUGAUGCUGAAAUGGAGAAAGCUGCCGAACAGUCAAGCUUCUUUGCUCAGACUCGCCAGCGCAUGGUCUUGGACGGGGUGACUCUGGCAAAUCUUGAGAUAUUUCAGAAUGGUUCUGGAGGGACAGAGGGAACACUGCUGGAGCGCUUAGACACUUGCUCCAGCCCGUUUGGCAAGCGGCUGCUCAAGCAGUGGCUCUGUGCUCCUCUUUGUAACCCAAAAUCCAUCUUGGACAGACUGGAUGCACUGGAAGACCUCAUGGGCGCUCAAGCUCAAGUUUCUGAAGUUUCCGACUUGGUCAAGAAGCUCCCCGACUUGGAACGCCUCCUGAGUAAAAUUCACAGCAUUGGCACGCCUCUGAAGGGGCAUGACCACCCAGACAGCAGGGCAGUUCUUUACGAGGAGGUCACCUACAGCAAGCGAAAAAUAGCAGACUUUCUUUCAGCUCUCGAAGGUUUCCAAACUAUGCAGGAUAUUAUAAACGUCUUCACAUCAGUUACCGGUGACUUUCAAUCCACACUACUCCGCCAAGUGGUCAGUUUUAAGAGUGACCACGGCAUCUUUCCAGACCUUUCUGCUGAACUCAAGCGCUGGGAGACUGCAUUUGACCACAAGAAAGCUCGCAGCACAGGAGUCAUUACCCCGAAAGAGGGCUUUGACCCGGAGUACGACCAGGCUUUGACAGGAAUCAAGAGCUGCGAGCAAAAGCUGCAGGAUUACCUGGACCGACAGAAGAAGAGACUUGGCUGUAAGAACAUGGCCUACUGGGGCACAGGGAGAAAUCGCUAUCAGAUGGAAGUGCCCGACAGUGUCUCAGAGAGGAAUAUCCCAGAGGAGUACGAGCUGAAGUCGACAAAGAAAGGCUGGAAGCGUUACGUGACAAAGGAGUCUGAGCAGCUGUUCUACGAGUUGCAAGGCUUUGAGGAGAAGAGAGACGCUGCCCUGAAAGACUGCAUGAGGAGGCUCUUCUACAACUUUGACAAGAACUACAGCGACUGGAAGACUGCGGUGGAGUGCAUGGCGGUGCUUGAUGUGCUGCUGGCCUUGUCACGCUACAGUCAGGGGGGAGAUGGACCAAUGACCAGGCCACAGGUGGUCCUCCCCAAUGGCCAUGAACAGGCAGCGCCCUUCCUGGAGCUUGUCGGUUCUCGCCACCCGUGCGUUACCAAGACCUUCUUCGGCGACGACUUCAUCCCCAAUGACGUCUACAUCGGCUGCCCCGGCGGCAGUGAGAAACCCGAGGAGCAAAGACAUUGUGCCUCUUGUGUCCUCGUCACGGGGCCCAAUAUGGGCGGGAAGUCGACUCUCAUGAGACAGUGUGGACUCGUGAUUGUGCUCGCUCAGCUGGGGUGCUUCGUCCCUGCCGAGAGUCUGCGCUUCACACCAGUCGAUCGAGUCUUCACUCGCCUGGGAGCUUCAGAUCGUAUCAUGGCUGGAGAGAGCACCUUCUUUGUUGAACUGAGUGAGACCGCCUGCAUUCUGCACCAUGCCACCAAACACUCGCUUGUGCUUCUGGAUGAAUUAGGAAGAGGCACAGCCACAUAUGACGGUACUGCAAUUGCUUGUGCUGUUGUGAAGGAGCUUGCUGAGAAGAUCCGCUGCCGUACUCUCUUCUCCACACACUACCACUCCCUAGUGGAGGACUAUGCAAACAACCCCGCAGUGCGCCUGGGCCACAUGGCAUGCAUGGUGGAAAACGAAUGCGAGGAUCCGAGUCAAGAGACCAUCACAUUCCUUUACAAGUUUAUCUCCGGUGCGUGUCCCAAAAGCUAUGGCUUCAACGCCGCUCGCCUCGCCAGCCUACCAGAGGAGGUGAUCCAGGCUGGGCACAGAAAGGCCAAAGAGUUUGAGAAGAGCACCAUCAGCCUCAGACUUUUCAAGAAGCUCUGCCAGUUUACAGAAGACUCCACAAUGGACAAAUCCCACUUUGCUGCACUUGUUCAGAUGAUUCACACACUGUAGUUUGAAACUUUUUUAUCACUCACACUGUACCAGUCCUGUCGUACCCCACACAGACGACCUAGGUGGUAGGUGUCCAAUGGGCCUGAGCACGGUAUGCGUGCCCUGGUGUAGGUACACUCAGUUUUGUUCUGUUUUACAGGGGGAAUAACACUACUCCAUGAUCCAAUAAAGUUUUUUGUUUUUUUUUUACAAAAAAAAGGACAAUGUUUCACCUAGGAAAUUAAACCCUUUUAAUUCAAACUAGCGCCUACAUAACGGUUAUUGAAUACUUCACAAUAUAUUAAGUCUAGAUGUUAUGAUACAUGCAUACAUUUCAGUCUGAAUGAGAACCCACAAUUACCAGUACACAUGAAUAGGGGAGGUAAAGGGCAUAAUGAAACCAUAUAGCGCUGUAUGCAGAUACUUGUCUCAGCUUCAGCGAAGUAAAAGCCUAAGAAGUUCUCCUGCAACAUUGGCAAAUAAAAAAAAAAAUCCAAAAUUUUGUAAGACCUGGAACCUGAUCAGGUAGAAGCAAUGUCUUGAUUAGUAAUGUAGCAGUAUUGUUAAUGGUGGAAUAAUGAUUUUGGUCAUGUAUUAUAAUAAGCAUCUGUUAUUUCCAAACAGAUACAUUGCAAAACAUUAAACUGUUAUUUUUAAGUUUGAAAAGAGCAGACUAAGUUCAUCUGGUUGAGAAAGAGUCCAACAAAUACAAUAAGACACAUCUGAACAGUUCCUUUGGAGAGAAAAAAAAAAAAAAGUGAUUGAGCCAGCGUUGCAGGAGAAACCAUUUAGUGUUUCCCUCUCAUUUCUCACAUCUCUUUCACAGAAAGAAGUUAGAUACUGCGACAUGAGUAUAAUUACAGCAAUUUGGGAUAUAAUAAAAAUAAACACAUUUAAUAAAAUAAAGACAUUCAAGUACAGAUUUUUGCA